AUGGCAUCCUAUCUGUAUGAAUGUCUUUGUGAAGCUGAACUUGCACAGUAUUAUCCUCAUUUUACUGCCCUUGGCCUUGAGAAAAUAGAUGAAUUAGCCAAGGUUACAAUGAAGGACUACUCCAAAUUGGGAGUUCAUGACAUGAACGACCGCAAACGUCUCUUCCAACUUAUCAAAAUCAUUAAGAUUAUGCAGGAAGAAGAUAAAGCAGUCAGGAGCCCAGAGCAUCCUCUUCCAACAGGCAGCCUGUACAUUAAGCCUCGGGAAUUCAGAUCUGGCCCUCGCAGACAACUGCAUUUUGAUUCUCCUACUGACAACAAAGAUGUAACUGCCAGCAACAUUGAGUUUGAAAUAUGCAAUGUAUCAGAUUUCUCUGCAAAUGAACAGAACGCCACUUACCUAGAAGUGCUGGAACACAUGCUACCAGAUGAUUCCCAGUACCAUACAAAAACAAAAAUUCUGAAUGUCACAGCUGCUGAUUCCUAUGUUCAAACAGAAACUAACACUUUGCUCUUUUCAUCAAAUCACUUUUCUUCAAUACUGGGGGACUGUGAAAUUCCCGUUAUUCAAAGAGGCUCUCAUGUUUCAGGGUAUAACUAUGGAAUCCCUCAUUCUUGUAUCAGACAGAACACCUCAGAGAAAGAGAGUCCUUGGACUGAGAUGGAGAAAAUCAGAGUUUGUGUUCGAAAACGCCCUCUGGGCCUGAGGGAGGUACGUCGUGGAGAAAUUAAUAUUAUUACUGUAGAAGACAAAGAAACUUUACUUGUGCAUGAGAAGAAGGAAGCAGUUGACCUCACACAAUAUAUUUUGCAGCAUGUUUUUUAUUUUGAUGAAGUCUUUGGUGAGGCAUGUACCAAUCGGGAUGUAUACAUGAAGACGACUCACCCACUCAUUCAACAUAUUUUCAAUGGAGGCAAUGCCACUUGCUUUGCCUACGGACAGACAGGUGCUGGAAAGACCUACACCAUGAUAGGAACUCAUCAGAACCCAGGACUGUAUGCUCUGGCUGCCAAAGAUAUUUUUGGGCAGCUAGAAGUGUCCCAGCCCAGAAAUCACCUCUUUGUGUGGAUCAGCUUCUAUGAAAUCUACUGUGGACAGCUUUAUGACCUCCUAAAUAGAAGAAAAAGGCUCUUCGCAAGAGAAGAUAGCAAGCAUGUGGUGCAGAUAGUGGGACUGCGAGAGCGUCAGGUGGAUAGUGUGGAGCUCCUCUUAGAGAUGAUCUUAAAGGGUAGCAAGGAGCGCAGCACCAGGGCCACUGGAGUUAAUGCAGACUCAUCCCGCUCCCAUGCUAUCAUCCAAAUUCAGAUCAAAGAUUCAGCCAAGAGGACAUUUGGCAGGAUUUCUUUUAUUGACUUGGCUGGCAGUGAAAGAGCAGCAGAUGCCAGGGACUCAGAUAGACAGACAAAGAUGGAAGGCGCAGAAAUAAACCAGAGUCUUCUGGCUCUGAAAGAAUGUAUCCGAGCACUUGAUCAGGAACACACCCAUACUCCCUUCAGGCAAAGCAAAUUAACUCAGGUCCUGAAGGACUCUUUCCUUGGCAAUACCAAAACCUGCAUGAUCGCCAACAUUUCACCAAGCCAUGUGGCCACCGAACACACACUGAAUACCUUGCGCUAUGCUGACCGGGUCAAAGAACUAAAGAAAGGCAUUAAGUGUUGUGCUUCAGCUACCAGUCGAAAUCGGACAUCUGGAAACUCCUCUCCAAGACGAAUUCAAAGCUCCCCUGUGGCCCUGCCAGGGAACAAGUGUUCUCCCAAAAAAGUCAAGCUGGGGCUUCAGCAGUCACUCACAGUGGCACCUGGCUCCACGAGAGGGAAGGCCCAUCCUCUGGCCAGCCACACACCCAACAUCCCUUUUGCUUCUGUCCCUAAAGUCCCCAGUAAAAGGGGUGGCUCCAGAGGGAGUCCUCCCCAAGACUGGGUCAUUCAGACCAGCCAUGUCAAAGGAACCAUGCAAUCUGGACAUUUGGCCAAGAAAAGGGCAGAGGAGUUGGCACCACUGUGCUCUGAGAAAAAUCAAAUUGGCAACAAAACUGCCCUUGGGUGGGGAAGCAGGGCCCCAGGCCUGAGAGAAAGCCUACUUCAUGGUAAGCCGCCCGCCAAGUGCAAGAAAGUGCAGACUGUGCAGCCAGUACAGAAGCAGCUUGUGUCACGAAUUGAGCUCUCCUUUAGCAGCACCCACCACCUAGCAGAGUACAGUCAGGAGAGUAAGGGGGACACACCUGCCAGGCUUGCCUCUGAAGCUUGGAUAAACAUCCCUCCACACCAGAAGGAGAGGGAGGAACAUUUGCGCUUUUAUCACCAGCAGUUCCAGCAGCCACCUCUCCUCCAACAGAAGUUAAAAUACCAACCACUCGAAAGGUUUUUAUGCCAGUACAGGCUACCAGAGGGUCAGCUGCAGAACAGGACCCCCGUUUCGUUCUGCUCUUAUUCCGAGAGCCAUGAUAGACCCCAGGCUGAGGAUUUUGAUGACAGCGAUUUCAGUGAAGAUUCUUUUUCACACGUCUCCAGUCAGAGAACUACAAAGCAGAGGAAUACCCUAGAGAAUUGCGAAGACUCAUUCUUCCUUCAUCAGUGGGGUGAGCAAGGUCCUGAGGAACAGGCAGCAGAAACGCAGCAGAGUCUGUGUUUUAGCCCCAGGACAGAUAGUGAUGAGAAGGGUCUAGCUGAAAGCUGGGUGUAUUCCAGAGACCCCAUAAGCCACAGAAGAGCAGCCCUUGAUCACAGCCACAGCCCAAGUAAGGUGCCCUUGAACUGGAGCAGAGAGGGUUCCACCUCCCCAGGGCCUUCUCCCAGAGACAGCCUGGCAGAGAAGCCUUACUGUUCACAGGUUGAUUUUGUAUAUAGCCAAAAAAGAGGCGGUAGCCCAGCCUUUGAUCUCAGACAGGAUGCCUUCAGAAGUGGGGUUCCUGGGCAGGCUGAGGGCAGCUUGCCAACCCCAGCAGAAGAUGGUUUCACUUUCUCACUAUCCCACACUUCAGUUCCUGGAUCCCCAGACCAAAGAGACAUAGUCACCACACCUCUGAGCAAAGUCAGUGAAGACAACCCAACUCAGGCAACCAGAACAGUUAAAAACAAUAAUCCUUUCCAAGGAGAAGACUCUACAGGGCAAUUAGGCACGGGCUGUGAAUACACUUCUGGACUGAUGGCUCCCCUCACAAUGUCCCUCCUGGGGAACUCAGAAGAUGAGGGCUCUCCUUCCUUGCAGCAGCUGGCUCGGGAUGGGGCUGUCCAUAGUCUAGUUGCAGAAAGCACAGCGGGGGCAGUUGUGGGCCUCACAGUGCCAUCUGGUGAUCAAGAGGCUGACUUGUCAGUGUCUUCUGCAACUGGGCACCUGUGGCUGUCCUCAUCUCCCCCUGACAAUACACCUGCUGGUGAUCUUCCAGCCCUGUCCCCAUCACCUAUCCAUCAGCACCUACCUGACAAGCUGCCCAACAGGGAAACUGACCUGAGAGAGGCCUUUCAGAGCAGAGAGACCGCAGUCUUCUCCCAGGAACAUGUGGGUCGUGAGCAGUAUGAUGCCAACGCUGAGGAGACAGAGCUGGAUGGCUCCUGGGGUUUCCCAGGAAAGCCUUUCCCCACCAUACAUAGUGGGGUUCCACAUUCUGGACCUACACUCACCCCACAAACAGGAAGUAGUGAUGUGGCUAAUCAGUCCUGGGCCAAGGACAGAAAACAUCCUACAGGGCUCAGUUGGCAGGACCUUCGUUUGUCCACACACCCCAUCAAGUUGCCCUGCUAUAACGAGGACAUCACAUGGCUCAAACACAGGCCAGUGUCAAGGCCAGACUCUCCCCUGGUCCCCAGCUGCUCUCCCAAGACUACAGGGACACUCUGUAAGCCCACCCUGGAGCAAGCACAGCAGGUGGUCAUUCAAGCACACCAGGAACAGCUGGAUGAAAUGGCCAAGCUGGGCUUCAAGGAGGAGACCCUGAUGAGCCAGCUGGUUUCUAAUGAUUUUGAAGACUUUGUGACCCAGUUGGAUGAAAUUAUGGCUCUGAAAUCCAAGUGCAUCCAAAGUCUGAGGAGCCAGCUGCAGCUGUACCUCACCUGCUAUAGGCCAGCUGCAGUCCCUGAAAGGACAGUGAUGUCUUAAAGCAAGAUCCUAUACAGGAUGG